AUGCAGUCUGUGCUGGCCAAGUUUAGCGAUGUGCCUACGCUGAAGCGAGACGAUGAGCACGAGUUUGCGCUGCCUGCAUCAGAUCCAUCGCGCUUUCUCGCGCAGUACACAGAUGUCGAUUCGACGCAUACUGACGCGCGAAUCAAGCUGCAGCACGGUACGACGACACUGGCAUUCCGCUACCGCGGUGGUGUGGUGGUAGCUGUCGAUUCGCGUGCAUCGGCAGGCUCGUACAUUGCCUCUGGCUCUGUCAAAAAGGUGAUUGAAAUCAACCCCUAUCUUCUCGGCACCAUGGCCGGUGGCGCCGCCGACUGCCAGUACUGGGAAACAUACCUUGGCAUUCAGUGCCGCCUGCACGAGCUGCGGAACAAGGAGCGCAUCUCUGUGGCUGCGGCGUCUAAAAUUUUGAGCAAUCUGGUGUAUUCGUACAAGGGCAUGGGUCUUAGCAUGGGCACGAUGAUCUGUGGCUGGGACAAGACGGGCCCCGCGAUUUUCUACGUCGAUUCAGACGGCGCGCGCAUGAAAGGCGACAUGUUCUCCGUCGGCUCUGGCUCAACAUUUGCCUACGGUGUGCUCGAUCAGGGCUACCAUUGGGACCUGACGGACGAGCAGGCCCUCGAUCUCGGUCGCCGCAGCAUUUACGCGGCUACGCACCGCGAUGCAUACUCAGGCAAUACGAUCAACUUGUACCACAUGGGCCCGAAUGGAUGGACGUUUAUUGCCAACUACGAUGUCAUGCAGCUGCACUACGACGGUGUGCCUGAGCAAGUGCCAGGCACGCCCGCUGGCGGCUACGGCUACGACGUACGAACCCAGGGCUUGUCUUCGCGGGACAAUGCUGCAUAG